UCCCGUUCCUCAAAUAUAUACAUUUUCUUUCCUCUAUUUUUCCCUUUCUCGUCGAGUUUUAGAUCUUGGAGAAAUGGCGGAUUCUGCAUUGCGAUUAUUCAGUUCCCUCCUCGCCGCAGCAUCCGCAUCCGAUCCGCCAGCGCCAGCUUCCAGUGAUCUCAUACCGAGCUCGCACCGCCAAUCAACCACCCCAGCUCCUCCAAUCCGCCGCACAUCAUCCUGGGGUUCAACGUCCACGACCUCGACUGACUCGGACGAUUCACUGGAGCUGCAGGACUGGAGAUACGGGUCGAGAGAAGAGCAGGACGAGGUGAAGAGAAAGAGAAAGGAGAAUAGGAAACGCAGGGAAAAGGAGGCGGAAAAGGCGUGGAGGGAGUUUUGGGGCUAGGGAUAAAGGUUCGGGUGUACCUGAACAAAAAGCAACCACGGAAAGCUGCAGCAAAGAUCUGCUCGACUACACUGCAACUUGCCUGCGACGACGAAUUGAUCUUGAAGGCAUGUCUGCUACAGCAGCUCAGCAGCAGAAGAUCAGGAGGUUUGUCUGGACUGGAGCAAUUGUUGCCGUGACAGCUACAGGAGCUUGGUACGGUGCUGGAUUGAAGACCGAUCAGGAGAUCAAAGAGAAGGUUAAGAAGCAACGAGAGGCCACGCCGGCAGAGAAGAUUGCUGUGCUCGAAGAACAACGAGGCGCGUUGGUAGCAAAGAGGUUGGGGCUGGAGAAGAAGAUACAACAGCUGGAGAUGAGAGCUGCUGGGGCUACGAGGGAGGAGAGCAUGCAGGGCCAGGAGAGGAGGCGGUGAAGGAAUACUGGGCCGAGAAUACGAUUCAUAUCAACAAGAGUUGGGUACUACUCUGGACUACAGAUUGUGGAGUCAGGGCAGAAGCUGGAGGACCAAGACUGUCCACGAUGUCCCAUUGUUGGACGCACUUUCAAAUGAAUUCGCUCACAACAACAGCUACAAGAGGAGAGAGCGGCCGUCAGAGGCUUGGAUACAAUACUACCGAGUUACUCUAACUCACAAUACACCCCCUCAUAUAUUAGUCCUUGCCACUCGAUUAUUCUACUCUCACGUGAAGAGGAGAGACCUUAUGCUCUUGUAAAGUACUCGUUUGCGGACAGACUUUGAAUCUCUGUACAAAGUCUGUCAAUGCACUCUCUUCAAACUAAAGCAACAUGUCUAUAUAUUCUAGCGAGCUUAUAUAUGAUCAGAAGCGCCGUACACUUCAUUCAUAUGCAGCUAUUUUGACACUAUCUACCAG